AUACGCGCGUUUAAAAUAUUUCACGGAAGCAGAGAGCAGCAUCUCCAGUGUCCAGUGGUGUAUGUGUGAUUCUCCAUAAUGGGGAAUUAUAACUCCAGCAGUAGAGGAGGAACCUCUGAUCCAAAGGUAAAGAGAGCAGAGUCUCCAGCACCCAGCUGUGUGUCUCUGAAGAGUGAUGUGUCCAUGGGUCGUCUUCCUAGCUUCAACAGUGGACCUGUGCCGUCUGACCCAAAGAUGACAGGGGGAAAAGCGAGGCAUGAUCUAAGGGCCUACGUAGAAAGGAAAGAGACAAGAAGAACUCAUCUUGUUCUACAUCCACACAAAGACAAGGAAGAGUCCAUACAGCAGGACUCUCGCACACCAGUGGAUGAUGUCCUACACAGAGACUUACACACACACAAAACCAGCAUGAAGAACAAGUAUGAGAGUUUAUUUGAGGGAACCAAAUCACAAGAGAAUAAAACCCUCCUGAACAGGGUUUACACACAACUCUACAUCUUAGAGAGAGAGAGUGAAGGAGUAAAUGAAGAACAUGAGGUUUUACAGAUGGAGAAAACAUCCAGGAAACAGCUGGUACAAGACACGCCAAUCUACUGCUCAGACAUCUUUAAACCUGUACAAGGUCCUGAAGGAGACAUGAAGGAAGAGAAGAUCAGAGCUGUGAUGGCUGAAGGUGUCAGACACACAGAACCAAAAGAAGAUAAAGGCCCAGAAGUGCCAAAGCUCAGAACUGUUCUGACUAAAGGCAUUGCAGGCAUUGGGAAAACUGUCUCAGUGCAGAAGUUCGUUGUGGACUGGGCAGAGGGAAAAGCCAAUCAGGAUGUAGAUUUCAUGUUUGUGCUUCCAUUCCGGGAGUUGAACCUGGUUAAAGAUAAUCAGUACAGUCUGCAUAGACUCCUGUGUGACUUCCACCCUGAGAUCAAAGACCUGGACCCAAAGAUAUAUGAUAUGUACAAAGUUGUGUUCAUCUUUGAUGGCCUGGAUGAAAGCAGAAUUGAACUGAACGUUUCCCAGUGUAAUAAAGUCUCUGACAUAAGCAUGACAUCAUCAGUAGGUGUGCUGAUGUCAAACCUCAUCAAAGGAGAGCUGCUUCCCUCUGCUCUCAUCUGGAUAACCUCCCGACCAGCAGCAGCCAAUCAACUCCCUUCUCAGUACAUCAACCGUGUGACAGAAAUUCAGGGAUUCACGGACCUACAGAAGGAGGAGUACUUCAGGAAGAGAAUCAGUGACCAAGACCAAGCUGAGAAAAUCAUCUCACACAUAAAGACAGCAAAGAGCCUCCACAUCAUGUGUCACAUACCAGUCUUCUGUUGGAUCUCAGCCACUGUGCUUCAGAAAAUACUAAAACAAACUGAUACAGAAAUCCCUAAAACUCUGACUGAGAUGUACAUACAGUUCCUGCACACUCAGAUCAACAUGAAGAAUGAGAAGUAUGAGGGGGAAAAGGAAAGAGAUCAAAAGAAACAUCUGGAAUCCAACAGGUCCAUGAUUCUGAAACUGGCUGAACUGGCUUUCAAACAGCUGAUGAAGGGAAACGUGAUGUUCUAUGAAGAAGACCUGAGAGAGUGUGGCAUUGGUGUCACUGAGGCCUCCGUGUACUCUGGGAUCUGCACUGAGAUCUUUAGGGAGGAAUCUGUGCUGUACCAGAGGAAGAUCUACUGCUUGGUACAUCUGAGCUUUCAGGAGUUCCUGGCUGCUCUCUAUGUGUUUCACUGUUUUAUCAACAAUAAAAGGAGGGCGCUGCAGGCUUUUAAUUUACAGCCCUGGUUUUGGUCUAAGAAUGUUCCUCUCAGUGACCUGCUGAAGGCAGCAGUGUGUAAAGCCUUAGAGAGUCAGAAUGGACACCUGGACCUUUUCCUCCAUUUCUUGCUGGGCAUCUCACUGGAGUCCAAUCAGAGUCUCCUACAAGGCCUACUGACACACACACACAGCAGCCCAGAGAGCAUCUUGGGCACAGUCCAGCACAUCAAAGGCAAAAUACAAACAGAGGACCUCCCCACUGAGAGAUCCAUCAGCCUGUUCCUCUGUCUGUCUGAAAUGAAGGACCAGUCUCUCCUCAGAGAGAUUCAGGAGUAUCUACAAUCAGAGAAACACUCAGCACAGAAGCUCUCUCCUGGACAGUGUUCAAUACUGGCUUACAUGCUUCUGACCGCAGAGGAGGUGCUGGAGGAGUUGGACUUGGAGAAAUACAACACAUCACAGGAGGGUUACAGGAGGCUGAUCCCAGCUGCUGCAAACUGCAGGAAGGCUCUACUAGGUAACUGUAGUCUGGACACAGAUUUGUGUAAAACUGUAUGUUCCACUUUGGCAUCAUCAAACUCCCCCCUGAGAGAACUGAGUAUCAAUAUCAGCACCCUGGAAGAUGAAGGAGUGAAGCUGCUUUCUGAUGGGCUGAAGAGUUCACACUGUAAACUGGAGACGCUCAGUCUUACAGGCUGUAACCUCACAACAGACAGCAGUAAAAGUCUCUCCUCUGUUCUGACAUCAGCCAAGUCCUGCCUGAGAGAACUGCACCUCAGAAAUUGUGACUUUCAGGAUUCAGGAGUGGAGCAGCUCUCUGCUGCACUGAAGAGUUCACACUGUAAACUGGAGAUUCUCAGACUGCCAUUGUGUAAUCUUGGAGAGCAGACAUGUGAAAUUUUGGGUGCAGCUCUUCAACUCACAAACAACCGCCUGAGAGAAAUCAACCUGUCUAACAAUGAUCUGCAGGAUUCAGGUGUGAAGUGGCUCUCUGCAGGACUGAAGAGUUCACACUGUAAACUGAAGAUUCUCAGACUGUCUGGUUGUAUGGUCACAGAGGAAGGUUGUUCUUCUCUGGCUUCAGCUCUGAGGUCAAACCCCUCCCACCUGAAAGAACUGGAUCUGACCUACAACCACCCAGGAGAGUCAGGAGUGAAGCUGCUCUCUGCUAGACUGGAGGAUCCCCACUGCAGACUGGAGACACUCAGGUAUGUAGAAAUCCCCUGUCCUUGAUCUGAUCUGACACUCAAUUGUGUGUUUUCAAAUAAAACCUGCUCUCAUACACAGUGAAGCAGGAACAUUAGUGUUAUUGUGGUUAGUGUGUGUGCAUGUGUUUCUGACCUACAGAAGGCCAUAAUCAUCUGUUUCUUAUGUAUGUGUGACAGGACUCACGUAUCAUUACAUAGACAAUACAUGUAAGACAUGUAGACUGAACUUUCAAUCUAUGAUUUAAAUAUUUUACACACACACAGUGAGAGAUAUAGAGCGCUAAUAGCUUAGAGUAUUAAAACGUUUCCUUGUUUGUUUUUGACAUGCACACAGAGACUAUUUUAAAGGAUUUAAGUUUUUAACGUAAUAUUAAUUGAAUUCAGAGAACACAUUUUACCAGAAAGUUAAAUUCCGAGCAAUCUUUUGUGUGUGUGCGCCUGUGUGUGUGCGUAUGUGUUUGUGUGCGCCUUAAAGUUGGGGUGGAUAAAAAAAAAAAGUAAAUUUGUUUUUGAAUUUGGUUGAAUGUUUCACAUCCAGUGAGAGUGCAGCUCUGUCUCUACUGUGUCUGUUACACUGAUGUCGUAUAUCUGCUGGUCUGGAUGUCCAGAGUUCACUGAGUCUAAACUUUGUCGCUGUGGUUUUGUGUUUAACAUCAGUCUCUGUGUGCAGGUCGUCUGCUACAGUGUACUGAAGUUUUAGGAUCAGAUAACACUGACAAACGUUUUGUGCUUGUGUGUGUUCCAGUGGGUGAUGUAGGUUUGUUUCUGUAGUGUUAUAAUUUGGUUUGGU